AUGGGGUCUCAGCAUAAACGACAUGAAGGUCUCAAGACAUUUCGGCGAACAGCUGCCAAACCCAAGAUUGAAAAAAAGCAGGCACCUGUUGAACUGACACCGCUUCAACAAGCCCAUCGCACGCUUUCACAAGAAUUACUCAAUGCUCUCGCUACACUGGUUGCUCCUCAGCUAGAAGACAUGGAGACCUUUACUGCUCAACUUCAACAAAUCAAGCAGCACUUCUUCAAGCGAAAUUACGAGCUAGUCUUUCAAAAUAGUGAACUCUGCGAUGUUUACGCAGCGAGAUAUCUGCCCAGUCGAGCUCUUGCCUAUGCAGACUUGUUCCACUCCACAAAACCUGUUUUAGACCUGUUGUAUCCACCACCUCGUGCCAUGCGGCCUAGUGAGCGUCGACUACAACCCGCUGUACAAAAACGUGAGCCAGUUCGCAUCACAGCAGUCGGUGCAGGCGUUGGCUCAGAACUAUGUGCACUCCAACUACUCCCUCGACUGAGACUGGCAGAAUUGGAUGUAGACGUGGAUGAAGACUUGAUUGAAGUUCUCGAUCGAGAUAUUGAGAUGGAUGUCAUUGACAAUGCUGCAUAUGCACCGUUCUUGUCAACGUUGGAGACUUCCAUGGCAGAUGCGUUUCCACCACCUAAAGCAAAGCUAGGGCAAUGCACGCUCCGCUAUCACCAGGAAGAUAUUCUACAGUAUGGAACGACGGAUGCAUUUGCAGCGAUGCUGAGUGAGACGACCUUGCUUACCUUCAUGUUUGUCUUUAACGAGCUGUUUGCUGCAUCUCGUGUGGAUGCCAUGAAGUUGAUUGAAGCGAUUGCGAAGAACCUGCCGGCAGGCGCGCAUGUACUGCUUAUUGAAUCGGCUGGAGACUUGUCAGAAGUCCAGGUGGCAGAUGGUACAAUGAUGGCUGGACAAGGCCUUGAAGUACCCACUUGA